AUGUUGGGCAUGAGCGAUGAGGCCUUGCUCACUCAUCAUAGAGAAACGGCUGCAAAAUCGCGCUCAUUCGAGAACAGCGGUCACUGGCUAUUCCGAGCAUUCUUCACUGGGGAACAGACGCUCGCUAGAUUCCAGCAUAACGAUGCUGUCAAAGCCGAGGUUUUGACAGCCAUGAGCGAUUCUUAUUAUGCAAGGGCGAGACAUAAGCUGCUGGGAUACGCCGUUCGCUUGCGGGAGAUUGCUUUAGAAAUGCCGCAAUUCCGCGAAGCAACUGUUAGAGUACUAGAGCUGAGGAAGCUCGCCAAAAUACACUCUGAGAGACUCUUCAGAGGGGGGCUUGAGGAACCCCGAAAUGUCACUAACAUGGCAGCUGCUUGUUUUGAAGAAGCCGCUGGCCUACUGGCAGAAGAAGAAGGGGGAAGACUGCGCGCAGCAAGUCGAGCGCUCAGAUUUAUGGGCGGUGAUAUUGGAGCCAUCGAUUGUGCUUUCGAGAUUUCAAUUGACGAGAUUAUGGAACGGCCUGUAUCUAUGGACUCGGUAACACCGCACCUAUUCCGGUUCAUUGACUGCGAAAACUUUUGUAAAAAAGGUGCUCUCCGAAUCUUGGAGCUUCCCGAUUUACCAGAGUCGUAUUAUGUGGCUAUAUCGUACGUCUGGCAAGGAGGUUUACGCGCGGAUGCUUCUCCCAACCUUGGCCCAGUCAUGAAGAUCAAGAACGCUGUCAACGCAGAUCCCAUAUCUAUCGACGUGCUGCGGAUCGCUUGCAACACCGCGCUGACGCUCAACUGCCCUCUUAUUUGGCUUGAUGGGGUUUGCAUCAUACAAGGGAACGACAAUGAUAAAGACUGGCAAAUUCAGAACAUGUUCAAGGUCUACAGCCUGUGUAAGACGUGCUUGAUCAUCCCCGGAGGAUUGUCAAGACUCGUUGCUAUUGACGAGGAGACGAGGUGGGUUCACCGUGCCUGGACUCUACAGGAGGCUAUCGCUCCGCCAUCGUGCCACUGCCUCUUCGCAUGGCCGCACGGUGACUGCGUGCUGCAGACAGUGAGCUUUGCUGGAGUCCAUGAGGUGGAGCCAGGGAGGGCUGCCAUCUCUGAGAUGAGAAGCCUGUUAAACAUAACACAUAAGAACUGCGAUAUUUUGCAGGGCAGACCGAGAGACAACCUCGGGAAAGUUAAGAUUCGACUACUGGGUAAUGAAAUUGAGGACGAAGAUAGCGUUUCCUUGAAUGCUCUAAUCGGUGCUCUUGACCGGAAGGGCAGGGAGGGCAUGGGCAACGCGGUCUGGAGGGUAGCCUUGACAAGAUUCUCAUCACGACCAGUUGGCUUUGCUCUGAGUAUCAUGGGUAUCUUUGGCAUAACUCUCGAUCCUUCUCGAUUCGCACCUGAUGACAAAAUAGGUGCAACGGUUGCAUUAAUGCAAGCAAUGAUUGUGGAGGGACAGAGACCAGAGUGGCUGGGGAUAAUGGAGACGUUACGUCCAGGCCAGCAUUUGACAAUGAUUCCUGAGUUCCCGCAGCCAGACGUAGAUGGAAGGGCCGCGUUUGGGAAGCCCGUAUGGAGUUCGAAUUGGUGGAUCAAGGAUAUCCCUCUUGGCUUAAGGAUGGAUGAUGCCGGAUAUCUGCACAUCUCGGCAUCAUGCUUGCCAAUUCAAUCCGUCCGACCUAAGAGUGGCGAUGUGAUAUUUAAGAACACCGAUAGGCAGUGGGCUCUAUCUUUGAACAAAAGCCCACAGAUUUAUGCGGUUCGUCUGGGAGAGAAGUGCCUGUACACAGCCAUCAAAUUCCCCCCUCAGGUCAUUCUUGACAAGUAUCUGAUUCUUCUUGCCAAAAGAUCCAAAGAGGAGAAAUUUCAUUGUCUCGGAUACGCUUCUGUGGAGGAAGAGGUCAUCAGCUUGGAGAAUUGGGAAAAUCUGACGCUUGUAAUUAGAUAG